AUGAGUGUUGCUCCUAUCCCGGGCCAAGCUAGGCGUAUGUUUCUAUCUUCAAAAGCACCUCACAAGCACUUCACAAACACCUCUAUCUACAGAUCCAUUGAAAAAGACACACAUCACUACAUACGAAACGCGUCAAAACCGUCUGGUCUCGUUCUUACUCGUUUGUUAUCUUUCCCACUGGCUAUUCCCCUACUUUUUCCCCCAUGUUACACGCUAGAUCUGCCUACAGCCCACCAUAGCUUUUUAAACCUUUUCACUUCUUAUUUCCGAUCCCUUUCCUUACUCUUUUCCCUCUUUAAAUACUCAUCUCAUCGCUGGCAUCGAUCUAAAUAUACGUAUUCAGUAUCUAUACAUAUUAUAUAUAAACUCACGCUUACCAGCGUACACCAAUAUUUUUUCUUACGGGGGCUACAUUUCCCAAAAAAUCAAAAAAAAAUUAUUAUACCAAAUUUUCAACGUAGAUUAUCUCAAGUCAGUAAACUUUCCACUUGCUAA